AUGAUCACGCGAAUUCACAAUCAAAUACCUAAGGCUACAGCGGACGGAAAUCGUUUACAGAUGAUUGUGUGCUCUGCCACUCUCCACUCUAUGGAUGUUAAACGAUUAGCUAACAAGCUGAUGCACUUCCCGGUAUGGAUAGACUUGAAAGGUCAAGACAGUGUUCCAGAAACAGUACAUCACGUGGUAUGCCUUAUUGAUCCUAACACUGACCCAUUAUGGAAAGAAUUAAUGAAAACUAAUAAGCAUAUUCAAACUGAUGGUGUUCACAUGAAAGAUCAACUAAGUCCCAAUUUGAAUUCACCAGAAGUUUUCUCAGAAGCUGUAAAACUAUUGAAGGGUGAAUAUGUUAUUCGUGCCAUCAAGCAACAAAAUAUGGAUCGUGCCUUAAUCUUUUGUCGCACUAAACUAGACUGUGACAAUCUGGAACAGUAUUUCAUCUCCAUGGGUGGUGGCCCUAACCGUCGUGACUCUCAAUUCAGUUGUGUUUGCCUCCACAGUGAUCGAAGUCCACCUGAACGCAAAGCAAACUUACAAAAAUUCAAGAAUGGGGAUGUUCGUUUCCUUAUAUGUACAGAUGUUGCUGCACGUGGUAUCGAUAUAGCUGGUCUACCGUACGUGAUAAAUGUUACAUUACCGGAUGAAAAACAAAACUAUGUCCAUAGAAUUGGUCGUGUAGGCCGAGCUGAAAGAAUGGGUUUGGCUAUUAGUCUAGUUUCAACUGUCAAAGAAAAGGUAUGGUAUCACUCCAACUGUUCCACACGUGGUCGUGGUUGUUACAAUACUCGUUUAUUAGAUCAAGGUGGAUGUUGUACAUGGUAUAAUGAACCUAAUUUGUUGAGUGAAAUUGAAGAACAUUUGGGUGUUACCAUUGAUACAGUAGACAAACAUUUAAGUGUACCUGUUGAUGCUUUUGAUGGGAAAGUUGUGUACGGGCAAAAAUUGAAGCAGAUGGCUCCAAGGUAUAAAAGUCACAUAGAUCUCUUAGCGUCAUCAGUGAAAGAAUUGGAUAAUCUUGAAAAACGAUCACAACAAGACUUUCUGCGUUUACGGUAUGGUGGUGAACUAGCACUAUGA